CACAGCGGCGACAGUUCGGAGCCGGGAGGCCGCGCCACCUGCGGGCCGGCCGGAGCGGGCAGCCCCAGGCCCCCUCCCCGGGCACCCGCGUUCAUGCAACGCCUGGUGGCCUGGGACCCAGCAUGUCUGCCCCUGCCGCCGCCGCCUGCCUUUAAAUCCAUGGAAGUGGCCAACUUCUACUACGAGGCGGACUGCUUGGCUGCUGCGUACGGCGGCAAGGCGGCCCCCGCGGCGCCCCCCGCGGCCAGACCCGGGCCGCGCCCCCCCGCCGGCGAGCUGGGUAGCAUCGGCGACCACGAGCGCGCCAUCGACUUCAGUCCGUACCUGGAGCCGCUGGGCGCGCCGCAGGCCCCGGCGCCGGCCACAGCCACGGACACCUUCGAGGCGGCUCCGCCCGCGCCCGCCCCCGCGCCGCCUCCCGGGCAGCACACCGACUUCCUCUCCGACCUCUUCUCCGACGACUACGGGGGCAAGAACUGCAAGAAGGCGUCCGAGUACGGCUACGUGAGCCUGGGGCGCCUGGGGGCCGCCAAGGGCGCGCUGCACCCCGGCUGCUUCGCGCCCCUGCACCCGCCGCCCCCGCCGCCGCCACCGCAGCCCGCCGAGCUCAAGGCGGAGCCGGGCUUCGAGCCCGCGGACUGCAAGCGGAAGGAGGAGGCCGGAGCGCCGGGCGGCGGUACCUCAGGCAUGGCGGCUGGCUUCCCGUACGCGCUGCGCGCCUACCUCGGCUACCAGGCGGUGCCGAGCGGCAGCAGCGGGAGCCUGUCCACGUCCUCUUCGUCCAGCCCGCCCGGCACGCCGAGCCCCGCCGACGCCAAGGCGCCCCCGGCCGCCUGCUAUGCGGGGGCGGCGCCGGCGCCCUCGCAGGUCAAGAGCAAGGCCAAGAAGACCGUGGACAAGCACAGCGACGAGUACAAGAUCCGGCGCGAGCGCAACAACAUCGCGGUGCGCAAGAGCCGCGACAAGGCCAAGAUGCGCAACCUGGAGACGCAGCACAAGGUCCUGGAGCUCACGGCCGAGAACGAGCGGCUUCAGAAGAAGGUGGAACAGCUGUCGCGCGAGCUCAGCACCCUGCGGAACUUGUUCAAGCAGCUGCCCGAGCCUCUGCUCGCCUCCUCCGGCCACUGCUAGCGCGGCCCCCGCGCGCGGCCCCCUGCCGGCCGGCCUCCGCGCUGCUGGGCGCGCCGCGGCCGCCGAGACUCCGGGAAGCGCCCGCGCUCCCGCCCCCGCCCCUGGUGGCGCCGGCAAAACUUUGGCACUGGGGCACUUGGCAGCGCGUGGAGCUCGUCGGUAAUUUUAAUAUUUUAUUAUAUAUAUAUAUUUUUGUCCAAACCAACCGCACAUGCAGAUGGGGCGCCCGCCCGUGGUGUUAUUUAAAGAAGAAAUGUCUAUGUGUACAGAUGAAUGAUAAACUCUCUGCCUCUCCCUCUGCCUCCUCUCCAGGCGCCGGCGGGCGGGCCGGUUUCGAAGUUGAUGCAAUCGGUUUAAACAUGGCUGAACGCGUGUGUACACGGGACUGACGCAACCCACGUGUAACUGUCAGCCGGGCCCUGAGUAAUCGCUUAAAGAUGUUCCUACGGGGUUGUUGAUGUUGUGUUGUUGUUGUUGUUUUUUGGUCUUUUUUUUUUUUUUUUUUUUGUAUUAUAAAAAAUAAUCUAUUUCUAUGAGAAAAGAGGAGUCUGUAUAUUUGGGAAUCUUUUCCGUUUCAAGCAUUAAGAACACUUUUAAUAAACUUUUUUUUUUUUUUUUGGAGAAUG